AUGAUUAUCACAGCACUAAGAAUAUUCAUUGUAAUACAGAUCACAAAUUGUGUCAUUUAGGAAUUAUAUUAAGACUUCAAUAACAAAUCAAUAGAUUUAACAAAAAGCAAAUGGAAUUGCAGAGACGCUGAAAAUUUAUCAUCUAUAAAUAUAUAUAAUUGUUCUAAUGGAAUUGAGUUUGUUAAACUAAUGAAUAAAUAAUAAUCAUGUCAUUUAAUUCAAUAGACUUUUUAAAAUUUGACUCCUCAUUUUCAGGUGUAAAUUUAUAUUGAUAUAUAUCCCCAUGGCAGUCUAGACAAAACUCAUGACGAUAAUAUAUCAAUUUAUAUAGAUAAUUAAAGAAUCUUAAAUUAAUUCUAUAACUCUUAUGAAAACAAUCCUUUAGGUAAGUCUUAAUUAUGUUAAUUAAUUAAUGAUGCUUAUAAUUAUUAAUUACGUAUUACUUAAUAUAUAGAGCUAACACAUCAAAGUGAUUAGUUAAACCUGACACUAUCAAGUAAUACAAAUGAAUAAACAGAUAAUGAAUAAUAUUUAUUCAGAAAUGUGCAAAUUUUUGUUAACAGAUGCUUUAAAACAUGCAAGACAUGUGUGAAUGAUUAACUAGAUGGUUGUACAUCAUGUUACAAUUACUUAAAAGCAAAUAAUAAUAUUUGUGCUUCUUGUUUUCUAAGAGAAAAUGAGAAAUUUUUAUUGAUUCCUUAAGGUUGUGUUCCUGAAUGUCCAGACGGUUAUAGUUAUGACUUUGAUUAUAUUUGUUAUUCGAAUAAUAGUAAAUUUGGAUUUAAUUAUAGGAUUGAAGCUUUGUAACCAAUAUACAACAUCAUACAAUCAAACAAAUACAAUUCAGAGUUGUAACUUAGAGUUAUCAGCAAUAGAAUUACGUUUAAGAUUUACAUUAAUGAAUACUACAACGCAUCCAUUUUUGGUGAGUUUCGAAAACUCUAUAGUUGCAAACAUAAGUAAUUCCAUAAUAAUUCCUCAAUCUUAAAGCUAGGCUUUUAUAUAAGAGCUCUAAAAUAAUUAAAUUAGGAUAGAAGUUUAAGCUCCAAUCAGUUUAAUUAAAUAGAAUAUAAAUAUCAAUUUUAAUUAAAAUAUUUCAAUUAAAGAUGUAAAGAUAGAGUAUAAGAUUUGCACAGAAGACUGCUAAUAAUGUAAGAAUGAUAGAAGUUGUUAAAUUUGUAAUUCAACAAGAUAUAAUUUUGAGGGCAACUGUAUUGAAAUUUGUCCAAAUUAUACAUAAACAAUUAAUAGAACUUGCUAUAAUUUUAAUUCGACUUUUUAUAGCUAUGAAAAUUUGAAAAUACAAUAUGUUUUAAAAGAAUUUUUUGAUCUUUCUACCAGUAAAGAUCGUAUACAAUAACUUUUUGAACUUGAUUCAUCAAACAAUAGUAUUAUGAAUGAUUAUAAUUUUCAAAAAGGACAAGAAAUUUUUUUUUCAUAUCUACCUAAUAAACGAAUAUUUGGAGGUCCUUUUGUUUGGGUAAAUGCUCGUUUUAAAUUUAAACUUAAGUUGCCAAGUUUAAGAUAAAUAAUUAUAAUUAAAUUUGAACUUUUGUAAGGCGAUUAUAAUUUAAGCAAAAGUCAUUUUCAUUAUUAAAUUGAUAAUUUGGAAUAAAAAACAAUAGUUCUAUCUUAAAAUAAUAAUAAUAUUGAUGAUUAAAAUUGGAAUUAUACAUACAUGAGAUAGAAAACUUUAAUUAAUUAAUCUUUAUUUUUUGAAUAAUCGAAUAAUAAUGUUUUGUAUAUGGUUUUUCACUGUGACAACAACUAUGCAAAUAAAAAUUAGAGUUUUUGUGCAAUAGAAAACUUCUUUAUUGUUUCGCUAACCUGUCAAGAUUAAUAUUAUUUAGACCUUUUUAAUUAUUAUAAAGAUGAAAACCCCUGUAUUUCUUAUUGUGGAGAUGGAUAGGUUUCACCAAAUGAAGAAGAAUGUGAUGAUGGUAAUUUAGAACCUUUUGAUGGAUGUUUUAAUUGUAGAUUCUAAUGUAAUGAAUAAUGUACGAUUUGUAUUAAAGGUCUAUGUCUUGAAUGCAAAUAUGGAUAUUAUUUAAAUGAAUUAAACAAUAUUUGUGAGACAGAAUGUGGAGAUUCUAUAAUUUAAGGACUUGAAUAAUGUGAUGAUGGUAAUCAAGACAAUUAUGAUGGUUGUUCUUAGUGUUAAUAUAUUGACUUUUAAAAAUGUGAUUCAGAAUAAGAUUAAUAAUUGGAUAAAUGUUCAGUAUGUUAUUUUGGUAUAUGCAUAAAAUGUCUUGAUGGAUAUUUAUUAGAUGAUGGUAUUUGUGUUUCAUUUUGUGGAGAUGGAAUAGUAAAUAAAUAAAUUGAAGAAUGUGAUAAUCCAAAUGAAAUUGGUUGUAUAAAUUGUAAAAUUUAAAAUGGUUAUGUUUGCACUUAAGUAGGUUAAUCUAUUUGUAAAACUUGUGGAGAUUAUUGUACUUUUUGUUAAACUUUAAAAUCAUUUGAUGUUAUUUGUAAUUCUUGUUAAACUGGCUAUUACCCUCUUAAUGACUAAUGUUAUUAAUGCGAUUUUAACUGUAUAACUUGUGAAUAGUAAUCUAACUUAUGUACCUCUUGUUUUAGAGAGGAUUGUUAAGCUUGUGAAACUAUUCCUGGUCUUUUUGCAGAUUUUAAUACUAAAAAAUGUAUGUCUUAAUGUGGAGAUGGAAUAGCUGUUCAAAAUUAUGAAUAAUGUGAUGAUGGGAAUACCGAAAAUGGAGAUGGAUGUGAUCAAUUUUGUCAGUUUGAAUUCUUUGAUUCUUAAUUUCAAGAACUUUCUUAAUGGUCCAUCACUAAAUAAAAUACUUACGAUCUUAAAUUAAUGAAUAGUUCUUAUUAUAAUCUUAGUUUACUCUGUAAUACAUCAGAUAUUUCGAUUGAUGGUUUCAAGAUUGAUGAAUUCAGUUAUAAUUUGACAGCCAUUAAUGGCGUUUGUAGAAUAGAAUUCUAAUUCUUAAAAUCUAUUUAUACUUAUAAUACUAUUCAAAUAAUCAUUUUAAUUGAAGUAAGCAAUUCUAGAAUAUUAAUUGAAAAUGACUCACCAAAAAUUACAUAUUAAAUAUCUCCAAAUCAAUAAUUAAUAUAUUCAGAUUCUUAAAUAUAAUAGGCACAUUCAAUUAAAUUAUUUUAAUAGUAAUUUAAUUUAAUUAUCAUUAUUUUAAUCCCCAUCUCUAUUAUCACAAAUUUGUUUGAUUAUUUAUGGUCAGUUUUAGAAAUAUUGAGUUGGGUUAAUAAUUUUUAUUUUUUCAAUGUAAACUAUCCUUUUAACGUUGAACUUGUAUUUAUAAAUAGUGAUUGGUCAUCACUUAUCAACUUUCCAACUUACUAAGAAUUAAAUUAACCUGAUUGUGAUUACUAUUUUUAGGCUUCACAAAAAUUUUAAAAUAAGGGUAUAGAUCCCCUUUUUAUUAAUAAUGCCUAAGUCCCUUUUAUGUUUAUUUUAACUGCUAUUGCACUUUUUCUUAUCAACAACAUAUUUUUAGUGUUUUUUAAUUGUUUAAAUGUUCUCUUUAGAAAAUAAUCAAAAAUUAAUAAGAGACAUUUUAGUAUUUUCGAUUUGUAGGCUAUCAAAUAGUCAAUUUAAAUAAAGACUUAAAUCCAAUAAAAAAAUAUAGUUACUAUUGAAAAUAAUAAAGUACUAGAAAUCAUUGUUAAUAU